UACGCGACGUUGCCAACUGUAUUGACUUAGGUACGGUGAUAGAACGUACGCGCUUUGUGUAGAACUUAUAGCCGGCAGUUUUUUUGCUCAUCAUUAAUAUCGGAGAUCUCGUGAAUAUUGAUACUGAAACCAUUGUGCGACUUACAAUUACCAUGUGCAAUAUAUAGUUAUAGUGAGUCUUUGUCAUGAAAAUUCCAUUGGUGUGUUAGUGUCCGUGUACUUGGUAAAAACAGAACCGAAAGCGAGGUUAAGUGUUUAUUACUGUUUAAAAAUAAAGGAUAUGGUUUUUAUAUAACCAAAGAGAUUAAAACAAUAAGCUGCGAAGGAUAAAGAAACUGGUUGGCCGAAAGCGGGGAUCGUGAUAUGGGGGAACGGGGCGCGACGGGGGGCGCUUGGGGUGCGCGCGACGAUGCCUCAUGGUGGUCAGGAGGCUCAGGUGAACUUCAACACCAACAGCAAAUAAAUGAGGAAAUAGCGAGGAGUACAGCGGCUGCUACUCAUCAGUUAUAUACAUAUAAGAUGACUGGAGGAUUUUCAAACAAUGGCGGAGAUAAUUCUACCCCUAAUUUCGAUUAUCGUAUGAUUAGUAAUCCCAGUACUAGGGAGGAGUCUCCUCAACAACCCUGGUGGUAUGCUUCGGCGUCUGUAGAAAAUCAACAAUCUUCAUCUCCUUCGUCUCAAAACCAAGGCAGUUCAGAUUCAGAACAAAAUAACCAGCAAUCUAACGGUAUACAGCAAAGCCAUCAGGCAUUACAACAACAAGUACAAAAAGAACAAAACCAAAUACAACAACAACAGAAUCAAUUACAACAACAGUUGCAACAACAUCAGAACCUGCAACAAGCUCUUCAGCAACAGGCUCAAAACCUGCAGCAAUCUUUACAACAGAACCAGCAGCAAACAUUACAACAGAUGUUACAGCAACAACAACAGCAGCAGCAGCAACAACAGCAGCAGCAGCAGCAACAACAGCAACAGCAGCAGCUACAGCAGCAACAACAACAGCAGCCAAAAAUAGAUCAACAAAAUAACCAGCAAAACUUGAUUCAAGUUUCACAAGCUCAAGCUCAAGCACUUGUGCAAGCUCAAGCAGCAUUACAACAGCAAGUUGUUCAGACAUUACAACAACAACAACAAAGUCUGCAAGAACAUUUGCAAGCUGUCCAACAACAACAAAUACAAGCUGCUUUACAAAGGCAAUCUGCUACUCUUCAGGAAUUGCAGCAACAGGCUCAGCAGCAAGCCUUAAUAGCUCAAAAUACUGUGAAAACAAGAAUGCCGCGAUCAAAAGCGUAUAAUAAGCCGAAAGGGCGCAUGACAGCAUAUGCAUUCUUUGUACAAACGUGCCGGGAGGAACAUAAGAAGAAAUAUCCUGAUGAGAAUGUCGUGUUCGCAGCUUUCUCGAAAAAGUGCGCGGAGAGAUGGAAUACAAUGUCAGAAAAGGAGAAGCAGAGGUUCCACGAAAUGGCGGACAUGGACAAGAAGAGAUACGACAUGGAGAUGAUGAACUACGUGCCGCCGAGAGACAUAAAGUUGCGCCUGCGCAAGCGGCAGAACACUAAGGAUCCGAACGCGCCCAAACGAUCGCUGUCGGCGUUCUUCUGGUUCUGCAACGAUGAGAGGUCGAAAGUCAAGGCGAAUAAUCCAGAAUACACAAUGGGAGAUAUCGCCAAGGAGUUGGGCAGGCGCUGGGCAGCCGCAGACCCAGAGACCAAGUCCAAAUAUGAAGCGCUCAGUGAAAAGGACAAGGCGAGAUAUGAUCGGGAGAUGACAGCGUACAAAAAGGGACCCCUUGCCUUACAACAGCAAGUACAACAGCUAGACGCGGUAGAAAACGUAGUCGAGUAUGAACGGAAUGAUGAAUAUAAGUGAAAACCCAUAGUAUUUUAAUUUAAGUUGUCAUGAACAUUUUCACCGGUAUUUUGUUGGUCGAGUGAAUGGUGUUGAAUUUUGGACAGAUUUUGGUUGAAAUGUGGAUAAAUAUGAUCUUGUAUGAAGAUUGGGCUUGGGACACAGUGUUCGGGUUUAGUCAUUUACCUUUUUAUUACAUAACGGACUAACUAAAAACAGAGUUUAAAACAUUUGUAACGGUCUAAAUAAAAGUCUUAGUACAAACACGUUAUGGGUUAAUACAUAAGGACAAGUUUGAACAUCUGUACUAUAUGGUAUGGUAUAUUUUAUAUUUUUAAAUAUAAUGGUAUAUUUUUAAAUAUAACUAUCGAUUGCUGUGCGUGUUUCUCGCUAAAACUCGAAAUAUUAUGUGUAAGAGAUAUAUUCGCCGGGUCAUCUGGUUAUUAAUUAUAUUAAUAGGUUUAUGUUUAAAUACCUAAAUUAAGAGAAAUACUGUGCUUAAGAUUUUUUUGUUUAUUUUAGUUGUUGUGUUGUAUAUGUUAAACAAUAUAUGAUGAAUAUAUGCAAAAUAUUUAUAAUAAAAUGCACAAUUUAUACCUACAGAACAGAACAAUAAUUUAAAUGCGAGAUGGCAGAAAUUAUCCGCCUUUGUACAAUUAUCAUCACACGGGACUAUUAACAUUAAUCAGAAAAACUGGAACUUUCUCGAACAUUGUGUACAGGCCCUAAUCUUUUGACUUACUGCGAAUAUUAACUAUAAAACACGAACACGAAUUCUUGCAAAUAAAAAAAGGAAAUAAUCUCUUUUUUCGAGUCGAGUAAUUUUAUAUGACCAAGUCGAGAAGUCGCUAUUGAAGGCAAUACAAACGGAUGUAACAUUUAUAUUAAUUUCUUAGAUUAUUUAACACUUGUUUUAUUUUGUUUUAUAUAAAACUUAUAAAUCUUUAAUAAAAAAAAAAUGUUGAAAUUAUAGUUUUUAUAAUAAACUAUCCAUGAUACGGAUAGGCGUUUACAAACGCGUAUAAGUAACAAAAAUGUAAAAUAAAUAAAAAAUAAAGUGAUUUAAUGAGCAA